GAAGCUAAAUGGACAGGCCCCGCGCGCUUCGCAAUAUUUCACCGCCUGACUCGCAAGCUGCGCGUCUAGUUCAGGCAAUGUUGCCGCGGGCAGCGCGAAGGCUAGGUCUGGCUGUGGCCUGCGCUGCCCUAGCGUCACUGUUCCAGCCAUAUGCAUUCAGUUCCUCAGCCACUUUGAGCAGCUUGCAGGUUCAGCAGCGGGCGGCGGCUCCAGCGCCAGUGACGCCCACAAUUGACACGCCAGGCGCGCCUUCAAGCCCAGAUCCUCGGCGGAUGGGCGAGGCAGUGCGAUGGCUCAUGGAUGAGGAGGCAGAGAAGCCUCCUGAGUGGCAUGUCCUUCUGCUGGACAAGACAUUUGAGAUCCGGAAGAAUACGGUGUACCGAGUGACAUCGUCUUUGAUGUCUGAACUCCCCCUGACGCUGGCGGAAGCGCGGACCAAAGCAGAGCAUGCCAGAGACAAUUUCUUUUCUAUACUGGAGACCACCCCGGAGUGGAGCAAGGCAAUCCGAACUGCGCAGGCAUGGAACCCCCAGCACAGGGUUGAGCCCAGGGCUGGGCUAUAGAGAGACAGGUAGUGAAAUCUUGAAGCGGAAUGCAUGAGUCGCUGCAGCGACUGGGUCUAUCUGUCCGGGUGGUGCCUGGUUUUGAUCGCGAAGCUUUUCGAAAUGCAGGUACCGGUAGCGUUGAUGCCACCUGAGCCGACGGCUGGAAAAAAAUGUGAUGGCGGGAGCACUUGGAAAUCC